AUGCCAGUUGAUCAAAUACAGUAUUCCGAAAGAUACAGCGAUGACGUCUAUGAAUAUCGACAUGUAAUCCUGCCACCAGAUAUUGCUAGGCUGGUUCCAAAGUCCCAUCUCAUGACUGAGACUGAAUGGCGCAAUUUAGGAGUGCAACAGAGUCCAGGCUGGCUUCAUUUCAUGGUACACAAUCCCGAGCCCCAUGUGCUUCUAUUCCGAAGGCCCAGAACUGAUAUACCAGCGCCUGUCAACGGUCUAGAUAGUAACACUGUUUCAACUGUCAGAGUUUAA